AUGUGCAAGCAGCUUCGAGCGACUCCUCAUGUUCCACGCAUGGCAUCCCUUCCACCAGACCGCCUAGCUUCGUUUACGAGGCCCUUUACCUACGUUGGCCUGGACUUCUUUGGACCCUUAGUUGUGAAGGUGGGUCGUAGCAAUGUGAAACGGUGGGUUGCGCUCUUCACUUGCCUUACAAUCCGUGCGGUGCAUUGUGAAGUAGUAUACAGUUUAUCAACCGACGCUUGCCUGAAGAGUAUUCGCCGUUUUGUGUGUCGCCGAGGAGCCCCGGCCGAAAUUCAUUCUGAUAACGGCACUAAUUUCUGUGGCGCGGAGCGGGUGCUGGUGAGGCAGAUUCAGCAGGGACUUGCUGCGACGGUGACCAGCACGACAACCAAAUGGCUAUUCAUUCCACCCACAGCCUCCCAUAUGGGCGGCGCGUGGGAGCGCAUGGUGCGCUCGGUGAAGCAGGCGAUGUUGGGUGCCUAUAACAGCGAUCGGAAGCUGGACGACGAAUCGCUGAACACGUUGGUUAUCGAAGCGGAGGCCAUUGUUAACAGCCGUCCCCUCACCUAUUUGCCAUUGGACGCGGAGGAAAGCGAGGCUUUAUCUCCGAACCACUUCCUGUUAGGAAGCUCGAACGGAGUUCAGCAACCUGUGGCGGAACCGACGGAUAGUUCAGAAGCGUUGAAGAAUUCCUGGAGCAUGAUACAGCAUCAACUGGAUUGCUUCUGGAGACGAUGGAUCCGGGAGAUGCUGCCAACGCUGACCAAGAGGACAAAAUGGUUCGGGGAAGAGAGGAUGAUUAGUAACGGAGACCUGGUGUUCAUAAUAGAUGACGGUAAGCGGAAUGACUGGACCAGGGGAAGAGUGAUGGAGGUUAUACCGGGGGCCGACGGCCGGAUCAGGCAAGCAAUAGUAAGAACUGCGAGGGGGCUACUCCGUAGACCUGUUUCUAAGCUAGCUAUCUUGGAUAUUGGUGGUAAAACUGGGACUGGUGGCCAGUGUUACGGGGGGGAGGAUGUUCCCGCUGGGCGCCCUGCUUUCUCAAGCACUUAA